AUGUCGGCGUUUCCGCAGGCCCCUAAGCCUCCCAGCCUUCUGGGCUACCACCGCAUUCUCUCCCCCACCGCCGGCGUCAAGGUGUCGCCGCUAUGUCUAGGUGCGAUGAACUUUGGGGAGGCAUGGAAUGACUUUAUGGGUGAAUGCUCCAAAGAGCAGGCGUUUGCCAUCCUCGACGCUUUCUACGAGAUGGGUGGAAAUUUCAUAGAUACGGCAAACAACUACCAGGCCGAGCAAUCGGAAGAAUGGCUGGGCGAGUGGAUGGAGAAGCGUGGCAACCGAGAUCAGAUGGUCAUCGCAACUAAGUAUACGACCGGCUUUCGCUCCGCCCACCGCGACGAGGAGCCCAUCCAGUCCAACUUUGUCGGCAACUCGGUCAAGAGCAUGCACGUCUCCGUCAACCGCAGCCUGAAGAAGCUGCGCACCGACUACAUCGACCUGCUGUACGUGCACUGGUGGGACUUCACCACCUCCGUCGAGGAGGUCAUGCACGGCCUGAACUCGCUGGUCACCGCCGGCAAGGUGCUCUACCUGGGUGUGUCGGACACGCCAGCGUGGGUGGUCGUCAAGGCCAACGACUACGCGCGCGCCCACGGCCUGCGUCCAUUCUCGGUCUACCAGGGCAAGUGGAACCCUCGAUUCCGCGACAUGGAACGCGAGGUGGUUCCCAUGUGCCGGGAUCAGGGCAUGGCCAUCGCCCCGUGGGCGCCCUUGGGUCAGGGACGGUUCAAGUCUGCAGAGGCGCGGAAGAGUGGCGAAGUUGGCUCUGCUCGUGGUCAGAAUCUGACGGAGGAGGAUAUCAAGGUGUCUGAUGCGUUGGAGAGGGUAGCGAAGAGGAAGGGCACCACCCUGCACGGAGUGGCUCUCGCGUACAUCCUCCACAAAACACCCUACGUCUUCCCCAUCGUCGGCCAGCGCAAGGUCGAGCAUCUCAAGGCCAACGUCGAAGCCCUGAGCAUCCAAAUGACCGAGGAGGACAUGAAGGAGAUCGACAACGCCGUCCCCUUCGACGCCGGCUUCCCGAUGAACUUCCUCUACCCGGAGCAGUACGAUCUGAACAAGACGGCCGCGGAUGUCUUCUGGACGCAGCGGUCGACCCACAUUGAUGCUCCGCCGCACCAGUUGCCUAUUCGAGCGCGGUCGGAGGUGUAG